AUGGACGGUCACAACGGCUGGUAUGCCGGCCAGCAGCCCCCGUCGCAGCAGCCUCUGCAGCCUCGACUUCAACCGCCGCAUGCUGGACCAGGCUCCAAUGCUCCUUUCAACCCAUAUGCACCAUCAGCACCAGCAUACCAGCAGGUCGGCUCACCUGACCGCCUGUCGCAACCGAUGCAUAUGAGUCAAAGCGCAGCACAUCACUCGCCGGCCUAUGCGUACAAGAGCGAUGUCAACAUGGACGGUCCAAGCUCUCUCGCCGGAUCGAGCUUCUCGUACGGUCAAGCGCAGACUCAGCAUCAGCAGCCGUCUCCAUAUCCUCCGUCGCAUCAGCAGCAGCUGCAGCAAGGGCAUCAGUAUGGCAGCGCUUUUCCCCAGCCCACCGCUUCAUCGAGCGGAUCAGGCGCACGCCACCCGUCGAAUGCAGCGUGGGAAUACGCCGUCGCCUCGAGCCCUCCUGUGCAGUCACGCCCAUCGGCAUCAGCGCCGACGCCCCACAAGCACCAGCACGGCAUUCCCCAGCUUCUCUCGUCACCCUCCAACCACUCGAAUGCCCAGCCUUUCCCGCAGAUCUCCGCAAUGCAGCAGCACUUGGCCUACGACUCGCCAUACGCUGCAUCUAGCGCUGGCAGGCAUCGAGCCUCGGUCUCGGAAUCUCCCGUUUCGGACGUCUUCCCAAGGGGUCCGUCGACGGGCAAGACGUUCGAUCUUAUGGCCGGUCUCGAACCGCCGUCGCCGGCUUCGCCGACACGCCGGCCAUCCCACCAAAACGCAACGAUCAACUCGAUGCACAACGCCAACGGCUAUUACGAAGGCAAUCACGGUGAGUGGCCCGCCUCUUCGUUGCCAGAGGAUCAAGCCAGGACGUCUGCUGACCCAAAGCUCGGAGCUUCCGCUCCUUUUCCAUGCUCAGGCUUCGGACCGAAUCCGACAUCGACUAUGCAACAUGCCACGGUGCCGCCAUAUGCACAAUCACCCGCUGACCCGCACAGCGCCGCUGCCCACCAAUUCUCGCAGCAGUGGCCGCCCGCACACCAAAACGCAAGAUCACAGCCGCACGCUUCCCGACCCUCAGCGCACGCUGCCGGCCCCGGCCAGAGCCCAAAUGUGACUUCCUGGAAUUCGCCUCCUGGAGCUUAUUUCAACGUUCCGCCUGCGGGCGAGCCGACUCGUGCGGCUGCGCAAUCGAGGCCGCAGUCGUUUGCUGCCAACAGUGCGCCGCAAUUCUCACCGAGCAUGAUCACAGCAGACGUGCGGUCCGCAUCGCAGCAUCCACACGCCGUCGCCAGCAGCAGCGUCGGCCAGCUGCCGAUGCGGGCCGCCGCACUUCCCGCACCGGUCGCUUCGGCAAACAGCCUCGAUGCUGCGUGGGGAGUCCCGUCAUCUCGACAGCCCGCCGCCGCGCGCACGUCUUCUUCGUCGCUCGACACGAGCGCACAGCAUUCCAUGAUGCCUCCCCGGGCGGAGCCUGGCUCGCCAAGCCUGGCUAUAGCCAGACACCACUCUCACGCGCCGAGUCACCAUGCUCACUCAUCUUUCCACCCGCAUGCUUCGUCCUCGGCCGCCUCGUCCACCCUCGAUGGCGCCAUGGCAGCAACGGUUCGCAGCGCUCCGACGGUCAACCAGCCUGCUCCCGUGCCAUCAAAUGCGCCGGCACCGGCAAAGGCGAGCCAUGCGGCCAAGAAGAGCAAGCCAAAGCAGCCUAAGCGCACUUCGACAGGUCAGGCACAAUCGGACCCUUCCGAUCGCAUUCAUGCGCCGACGGCCAACACCGCGCGCACCGGACCCUUCUCAGAGGCCGAUCUCCGACAGCCAACCAGCCUUUCUGCGGAUGCGUCGGCUCUGCCUCAAUACGCAUCGCCAAGCCAGAUCUUUGCCCGACCACCGCCUCCGCAAGCGAUGCCGUCUGCGAUGCCGUCCCAAGCCACGCAGGAGAUCCGCAUGCGCUUUUCCGACGAGCCUCAGACUCCGCCUCCAAUGCCGCCGCAGUUUUUGACGGUGCAAGAAAGUCCGGACCCCUUAAACCUCCUCUCCCCUCAAGGUCACUUUUCGCUCUGGCAGCAUCCCAGUAGCGUUCCCGCACCGCCUCGUCCAAACUUCGGCAACGCAUCCAACGAGCAGCCUCAACUGCCACGAGGCAAUGUCUCUCAGAUGCCUGCACCACAACCCCCUCUCGCUGCCUCGUCGGGCAAGCGCAAGGACAUGCCGUCGCCAGACAAGCCCAAGAAGAAGCGCAGCAAGAACCUGCAAUCCGAGCCUCGGCAGCCCGCCUUCAAUCUCAAGGUCGAGGACCUCUCACCCACGCCCGAACGCGAAACCGCGCCUUCGAUCGCAGCGUCCAAGCCCAAGAAGCCCAAGAAGAAAGAUGCCGACCGGGUCAAGCGCGAAGAUGAAGAUAUCAGCGCGAUUCCUCAGGCCUAUGUCGAGAUCCCCGCGUUCAACGCAGACAAUCUCUCACCAGCAUACCAGCUCGACCAGGCACCUUCCGACAAAAAGAAGAAGAAGAAGAGGCGCGGUCGCAAGUCGUUCUCCGAUCUCGUCAACGCCAUCGUUGAGGACAGCGACUCGGCCAUGGAUGCAGAGGGAAGCGAUUGGGACGAUCUCGACAUUCUCGACUCUUGGGAUGCUCCCGCCGCACCCAACGCCGAGCACUCCGCCGAGGGCCCCAAGAGCCUCGCCAAGAUGAGCAACGGUCCCGUCAAGAGCUCGCAUCGCAAAGUGCCCGUGGCCAAGGUGCGCGGCCUCAUGGAAGACAUCUUUGAAGCCGACGACUCUCUGCCAGACCGCGAUGCUCUUCACGACCUCCUGCCAGGCCAAGCCAUCUCUGCGGCCGCCGAUCCUUUCUUUGAGCUGAUCGAGUCGCCUUCCCACGCAGGCGGCGAAUCCAGAUCUCUGCUCGUCCUCCGUGCUGCUGUGCUGCAGAAACUCCUCAAGCUCGUCGUCCAAUGCUCGCGUCCCCACGCCGAACUCGCAGCCAUCUCUGCCAAGGCACAGUCGGUCACCAAUCCAGGCCUCGCAACGCUUGCUGCUGCCGACCUCACUCGGCUCUUGGCCAUUCUCGAGCGCACCGUGCGCGUCGGCGAAGAUGUGGAUCCCUUCCCAUCCCAGUCCCAGCGCGCUCCCGCCUCGGAGCCAGUCUCUCCGACCAAGUCAAAGAAGGCUCGCAGGGCCGAGAGGCAGGAUCAGUCGCCGUCAAAGACGCCAGAGCCUUCCGCCACGCCCGAUCGUGCUCAAGGCGAACCCAAUGGAGAGGAAGCAAGUACCCCCAGCAAUCGCAAUGGUCCCGCCUCUGAGGAGGAGCUCGACAAACUCAACGCCACCUUCGCCGUCUUGGACCGAGCCGUUCUUGCUGCCGAAUGCAGUCUCGCAAUCCUCACCGGCGACGUGCUGCCCAAGCAAAUCCUCUCCGAGGAGCACAUCCGCUCCUGCUUCGAGGCAGUCAAAUCGUGUCUCGACAGAGUCGUGCUUCCUUUCAUCGAGGCUUGCUCGGGCGGCGCUGCAACCGCCCCGCAUCCCAAUCUCGCCGCGCUCAUCGACAUCCUGGCGCCGCAGAAGGCGCGCAAGAAGAAAGGCGCCGCCGCGACAGACGAAGCCACUUCCAGCAUCGGCAUCAUUUGCCGCAACAGUCUCUCCGACCUGUUUGCGCAUCUGUGCUCGGCGCUCUUCUUCGUCCACCGCAUGGUGCGCAUGCCGUCCAUUGCACUGGCCGACUCCAUCAUCAUCAGCGCCGUCUACCUAGCGCUUGGCCCUUUCUUCGUGCUAGAGCCAGAGCCUGCGAGCGGAGGCGGAAGCAGCGAAAUGGCCAAGGCGGCGGCUCGCGGAAGAUCGGCGCUCCUCUCCCUGGGAGGAUCCAACUCCAUGAAGACUCUGCGCCUUCCAGCACUCAACCUCCUGCGCAGCAUCUUUGCAAAGUCUGCCGAUCAGAGGCAGUGGAUGAUCGAAGAGAUCCUCACCUCGCUCACCAAGCUCACCGACAUGAAGAAGAAUCGUCGUCAGUACAGCCUUCGCAACGGCAAGGGUAUCCACGCGAUCAAUGCACUGCUACUGCAGCUCAUCCAGGCAGCAUCGCAUGGCGUCGCGAGCUAUGCGCGCUCCACCGCAGAUCGACUCGAGCGCAAGAAAGAGAGCGACGCUCUCGGCGAAGCUGCCGAUGCGGCCGACCAGGAGGGCUCACAAGUACUCGAGGUGGUCAUUCAAGCCUUCAAUUCCCACUUAGAGCCAGAAACCAACGAGGCAAGGGAGGCCGAGGUCGCCAUCUGGAGACGCGGAUUAGAGGGCGCCAAUCAGUCGGCUCGGUCCAUCGCCGGCUACCUCAUGCAACGCAUCGGCCAGGUCAAGGUGGCCAAAUCGUCCUCCGAGAUGAGCCACGCCUACGUGAUCGAGUCGCUGAUCCAGGAUCUCCUCAGCGCUCUCUUCCUGCCAGAGUGGCCUGCUGCCGCCUUGAUGCUCAGCGCCUUCUGUCGCGUCUUCGGCACCUACUUGGAAGAUCCAAGAAGCCAUCCGGACGCCAAGGGCGUGGCGCUUGAGCAGCUCAGUCUGGUCGCCGCAAGAGUGCGACAGUCUCAGUUGCAGUUGCAACCGACACGCCACGACCGCGCGAGCAGCGCUGACGAAGAAGUCAACGAAGCCAAUGCCAGCACCGAAGCGACCGACAUGGUCGCAUCACAGCUGGAGCCGCCCAGCCCGACCAAGCGGCCCAAAUGGACGGUUUGGGACUACCUCUCGAUGCUCCGGGCCGUGCGCGAAGGAGAUCGAACUGCCAUCCGCGAAUUCGUCAAGGCGAACAAGUUGAUCUCGGUCUUCCUGGCUGACCAGAGCAACGAGGAUCUCUCCACCGAGGGCGCGCUCGAGUUCCUGCUCGUGCAGGCCCAAGGCGAACUCGCCACCGCAUGGGCAAAAGCCGAGGAGGACAAGCGCGGUCUUUCGGAGUCAGAAGGCGAUCACACGGUGCAAAUGGCAAAGCUGCAGCUCUUGUGUGAGGAGCUCGACGCCGCGAUGCACGCUCUUUCCGAGCUGGAUCCUGGGUCGGGCGACGUCAAGGUGUCUGCAUCUGCCUCGGACGACAAGAUGCUUGACAGGGCGACAGACCUGUCCGAGCGCGUCCUUCUCGCCAGCAGCUCCAUGAUCACGUAUGGAUUCCUGCGCGACCUCCUGGUCGAGGGCCUCAACAAUUCGCUCAUCGCCAAUCGCAGCAAGGCUCUACGCGGCAUCGACCGCAUCGCUCAGGUCGACCCCGACCUGCUUGACGAAGACGCGAUGCGCUCUGCCAUCGAGGUCCGCCUGCGCGAUUCCAGCAAUGCGGUGAGAGACAGCGCCGUGGCUCUCUUCGGCAACUACGUGCUCAGAAAGCCGCAGCACAUCCCCAAGUACUACAAGCAGCUGGCCGCGCGUGUGCUUGACACGGGUUUGUCGGUGCGCAAGCGCAUGGUGCGCCUUCUCAAGAGCAUCCACGAGGCGACAGAUGAUCAGCGCAUUCGCAUCGACUCGUGUGCUCGCAUCGUUCGCUGCGUCAACGACGAAGACACGGUGGUCCAAGACAUGGCUGUGCUCACGAUCGGCGAGAUGUGGCUCGAUCUCGACAUCGAUGCCCGACGUCUAGGCGCCCGACGCAGGUUGAGCCCGUUGCCUAAUGCGCCUUCAGCGUCUGCUGAGCCAGAGGCUCCUCGCCCGGAAGAAAGCAAUGCGUCACAAGUCGGAGCACAGGACGAACCCAUGCGAGACCAUGACGCGCCGCCCGGGGCGGAAGAGUCGCUUGAAGGCACGGAAGCGGAUCAAAGGGUGGCCGCUACGAUCGAGAUCAUCAUGGCGGUCGCUGACUUGAUCAAGGAGCGACCCUCGCCGCUCGAAGAGGUGUUCCGACGCCUCUUCAAGGACAAGAGCGAAGCAGAGGCUGCCGAGCUGCACGCCAAGCUGCAGAAGCUCGGCGACUCGAUGAUCGACAGCCUGGUCGAGUCGAGCGGCGCUUCGAGCGUCGAUACCGUCAAGCGUAUCCGCAUCGUCCAGCUGCUCGUCUCCACGAAUCCGGCCAUACUCACCAUCUCGAAGGCCAAGCUGCUGCUACCGUAUCUCAAGGCUGCCCAGACGAGCGAAGAGGUGCAAAUCAUGGACUUGCUGCUCCGCAUCUUCCGUUCGUGCUUGCCGCAUAUGCCCAGAACGGCUCUGGCCUUCGCAGAAGCACUCGAGAAGAGUCUGCGCCCGCUGGUCAAUCGACCGCCGCCCAAAGCCGGUCUGCACCUUCUUCAGGAGCUCAUCGCGUGCUACUGCGCGGUCAUCACGACCCACACGCACAACUUUCGCCUGCUCAUUCAAACGCUCAAGGCAUGCUUUGUUCGAGUACAGUCGAUGCGGCAGAUGGCACUCAAGGGCCAGAAGAUCGAGGACAACAAGGCUUGGAGCACGCUCAUGUCUCUCACAGCAUCGCUAUGCGAGCACGCCAACUUUGACGAGAUGCGAAAGAAGCAUCCAGAGACGGCAGCCGAGAUCGACGCGUUGAGCAAGCGAUCGCUCGUCGACGUAGUGUCGGAAGCCCUACUUGACAUCCACAAGACGGGCUCCGAGAUGGUCCGCUCGGUGGCCUUGCAGAACCUCGGCUUCAUCUUCCGUGCCCAUCCAACGCUGAUGACACGCCCGUCGAUCACGGACAUGAUGGAUGGCAUCUUCGCCUCGGGCUCGCUGCAGGAUCGCGCCACGCUACUCAAGAUCAUGCUCGACUUCCUGAGCGCCGACGCCCUGCGCCGUAAUCCGGACAACGCAGUGGUCAACGUCGGCACGGGACGCCGCAAGCCGGAGAACCCGGACGCAGGAAGCGUCGAUAUGACCGUGCUGGUGGGCAACACCGAGACGUUCGCGGACACGGGAGUGGGCUCGGCCAUGAUGCAGCGCUACUCGGAGGACGUGCUGAAGGCGACGCUCGAGGUUUCGAACGCCUCGCUGCAGCGCACCGCCAUCGACAUUCUGCGAUUCACCGUGCUGCAGGGCCUCUCGCACCCGAUUCAGUGUGUGCCGUACCUCGUCUCGCUCGAGACGCUCGAGGAUCGCAAGCUCCGCAGUCGAGCCAUGGAGCUGCACAGCCAUCUGGCAUCCAAGCACGCCUCGCUCGUGCAGGCGCGCUUCCUCGACACGGCGCGAUCCGCAUUCCGGUUCCAGCUGCAACUGUCGGUCAAGAGCGACGGCGACUUGCGGGGCUACCGGGUGGAUUCGGUGCCUACAGCGGUGCUGGAUGCGUGGUACAGCUUGCUGCGCGACCGACGCGCCACGCGGCUCGACUUUCUCAAGCAGAUCGUCAAGGCGCUCGACGUCAAUACGGCGGCGUCGGACUGCAGCAUGCAGGAGGUGCUGUUUGCGCGCUUCAUGGCGGACAACCUGGCCACGCUGGACUACAAGACGAUGGAGGAGCUGUUUGUCGUCAUCGGCGAGCUGCGCUCGAUCCUGGCCGUGUCGGGCAUGCAGGUGCUGUACAUGGCGCAGCCGCAUCUGCCGCAGCAGCAGAUGUCACUCAGUGCCGCGCCGACCGCGUCGGCCGAGGACGGCACCAAGACGCCGCCUCCGCCCGGCGAUGCACUGCCCGGCGCCGACCUGGUGAGCCCUUUCCAGCUCUCGCGCAAUCCGUGGCUGUCGGGCGAGUGGCAGCUCGAGCUUGCGAGUGACGCUGCGCCGUCGUUGGCAGGCACGGUGAAUCCGAUGCAGAUCUUCGGCCAACCUGCGACGUUAGGCACUUCGAACGACGCUGCAGCUAGUGGUGCGGCGGCAGCCAAGGAUGACGACGAGGCGGCAUCGGCGUCGAAAGCGCAGGUGGACCCGAUGGCGGUGGCGCGCAUGUCGAUCGUGGCGGGCACGGCGCUGCUGCUGCGCAACCAUCUGAAGCAUCUGUACGGCCUGAGCGAGGCGCGGUGUGCCAAGUUCAAUCCGAGCAAGAAGCAGAGUGCGGGUGCGGACAAGCCGGCGACGAUGCGCGCGCUGGCGGACCCGAUGCUCGCGGCGCUCGACCUGAGCGCCAUGCCGUGCGGGCUGGACGAGGUGCAGAGCCUCGACGAUGCAAAGAGCCAGCUGCUCGCGUAUGCCGCCAUGGUGGAGAACGAGGGCACGCUCAUGGAGCCCGAUGAUCCCGAUGCGCUCGAUGAACUCGCUCUCUAG